UCUGACGCUGACGUUUGCCAUGCCACGAUGCCACGAGCUUAUGAGGUUUUUACGCGCUCGUGCUGCGUGGAUGAUGGUAUUUUGCAGAGUGCCACGAGUCCAGAAGGGCUGGCGGCAUGCAAUUACGGCAUAGAAACCUGCUGGUACGCAACGAACGUCACGAUGUCAAAUACACAACCUUCAGACGCCUUUGUGCGAGACGCGCCAUGUCAUGAGGACCACCGACGAUCAAAGACGCCAACCCAAUUUGCGGGGCCGCCGACCGCUACCUCACAGCCCGGCCAUCCGAAGCGGAUGAUCGAAAAGUCUAGCCGGGCACCGCAUUCCCCACCUUCCUGUUUGUUGUGGCCGGCUGCCUUGGUAACAUCGUGAGCGCUGGCUUGCUUCGGCCUCAUUUUUUUUUCCACGAUGCCUGUUGUCAGGCGUGUGGAGCGUGUGGAAAUGAAAUUCCGAGCUGAAUUUUUUCAAGCGUGUUCGGGCUGACCUGCGCAAUGACCCAGCUACAAGCACCUGCAACGGCAAUCCUCAAGGCCAGCUGCAUUUCCAAGCCGGAUGGUCACUCCGACCUGCAUCUUCCUUUCCGGUCAACCUCCUCUCUGCGUGCUCGCCGUCGUUUGCGAUUGCAUUCGAGUCGAAUCCA